GGGAGGACUCUGGGUGAACGGUCACAGGGCUGCGAGCGGACAGAGGAUGUUGUGCUGGGGAUCUGGCGUUUCCCACCAGCUGGGAUUAAAGCACCAAACCACUUCAGAGCCGCAAGAGGUGGAGUGCCUGCGGAACCGGGCGGUGAAAGCGGUCUGCUGUGGAGAGAGGCACUCGGUGUUCCUCGUGGACGAUGGCACCGUGUUCACUUGCGGCGAGAACGAGAACGGGCAACUCGCGAGGCAGGGGAGCGGAUCCCCCUCCAUCGGACAGGUAAUGGCUCUAAACACAAAGAAAGUUAUCCAUGUGGCAUGUGGCAAGCAUCACACCUUGGCCCUUUGUGAAAAUGGAUCUGUCUUUGCCUGGGGAGCUGGAACCUAUGGGCAACUGGGCACUGGGAGAUGUGACAUUGUUUCUCAUCCAAGGGGAGUAGACUUGGCCAGCAAUCCAAUAGUGCAGGUUACAUGUGGCCGUUACCACUCACUGGCUCUUUCCAAAGGUGGUGAUGUCUAUUCCUGGGGACAGAAUACUUAUGGGCAGCUAGGACUCGGCGAGAAAGUAUACAGCCAGCUACAACCCAGACACGUGAUCUCUCUCACUGGGAUUCCAGUGGCUCAGAUUGCUGCAGGGGGACGGCACAGCUUUGUCCUGUCUCUCUCUGGGGCAGUGUUCAGUUGGGGAAGAAAUAAUCAUGGACAACUGGGGCUCAAGAGCACAGUGGAUAAGGUCAGCCCGUGUCGAGUGAAACAAAUGAAGAAGCACAGAGUCACAUACAUCUCUUGUGGGAGUCAACAUACCGCUCUAUUAACAAAGAGUGGAAGUGUCUUCACAUGUGGGGAAGGAAGAGCUGGGCAACUGGGAAUGAGCACGAAAGCUGACGUGAACACCUUUCAGAAAGUGGAGCAAAUCAAGGACGAGGUUUCGCAGAUCGCCUGUGGCAGCUAUCACACCCUUGCCUACAUCCCAUCCUCUGAUCUUGUGGUUUCGUUUGGUUCUGCAAUUCAUGGGAAGAUGGAGGAAAAUUCAACAAACAAUCACAUUCAUACAGAGUCACAGAAUGCCAAAAUUUAUAAGAUUUUUGCAGGACCAAAUUCCAGUUUCAUUCAGACUCAGCAUCCAACGCCUGCAGCUGACUUCCGUUGCAGGGACAGUUCACAGCAGAUUCUCACAAUGAAUGAAGCCAUUGUCGACAAAUGGAUCAACACAGCUGAUUUCAGCGAAGAGAGGCUUGAAGCAGAAAAGGAAAUUGAAAUAAUAUUCUCCUCUUCAUCCUGUGUCACUGGGAGUUUUCUGAAGCAAAGUGACGGAGACCAACCCAAAACAGGGACUGACAUUUUGAGUGUUGAUGUGGAAGCAGCCAGAGCAUUAUUUAGGAAGCUUACCAGAAAUGACUGGAUUGUCCAAACAAUAAUUCCAAAACUGGCAUGGUGGUUAAUCCCAAAUCUUCAGAACUUGUGUCAUGACAAAGAAGCACUGAUGAUUUACUUGAUUCUGCCAGAGAGUUCCUUGAUGCAACACAAUGAAACUAUGCAAGAUAUGCUUUCUGUCUGUGUUGGAGCCAUUGAGAGGCUAGAUGAUGCUUCAAAAAACAUUCUGAGAAAAUGCUGGUCAACAUUGAAGUCAUCGUAUUUGAAUAAUCUUGUCCAGAUGUAUAGGUCUGCAGUCGUGAUUCUCCUUACAAGCCUCCAUGCCUUGAUUAUAGAAUUGCCAGGCCAUCCUUCAAUUAAUGUAAUAGGAAAAAUUUUAAGGGAAGCCUUGAAUGUUCUAGAACUGGUGUACCUUGCAAAUAUGGAAGCACAGCACAAUAUUCCACAAAACAAAUUCUACAUCGAUGAAAUUCUCCUGUUCGAUGUUGGCUUCGACCUCUUUCGUUUUAGAGAACAUCAACGAAUUAUGCCCAACGAGUUGGCAGAAAAGAAGGUCCCACUGAUAUUUUGCUGCUAUCCAUUCAUCUUCAAUUUAAAUGCCAAGAUUCAGAUACUUCACGUGGAUUCAGUUUUGGAGAAAACUAAAGCCUUUGUCAAAGCAAUGAAUUUCACAUUCCAAAACAUCUGCAUGGGAAGCCCUGAACCUCCCAAGUAUCCCAUCUUCAUCUUGAAGGUUAACCGCCAAGACUUAGUCUCUGAUACUUUUAAGAAGCUGACACAAGUUGAUGAGGAGGACCUGAGGAAGGAACUCAAGGUGAAGUUUGAAGGAGAACUAGGUGUGGAUUUGGGAGCCGUAAGGCAGGAAUUCUUCCUUUCUCUCUUUAAAGAGUUGAUUCAACCAGAUUUUGGAAUGUUUAUUUACCGUGAAGACUUCAGAAUCAUUUGGUUUCCCCCAGAGAUCUCGGUGCCCAUUAGAAACUACUACCUGCUUGGAAUACUGUGUGGCCUUGUUGUGUAUAACUUCAGUGUGGUCUACAUCCCAUUCCCACUUGUACUCUUCAAAAAACUACUGGGCGUGAAGCCCACUUUGGAGGAUCUGAAGGAGCUGGACCCUUCUUUAGAGAAAUCCCUGCAGUAUGUUCUGGACAAUGACAUGGACCUAGACAUAAACUUUUCUAUUACGUGGGAGGAUAAGCAAGUUGAGCUCAUUCCAAAUGGCAGUAACCAAGCUGUGACAAUAGAGAACAAGGAGAAAUAUGUGAAUGCCUGUGUAAAUUACAUAUUCACAACAUCAAUUAAGGAACCCUUUGGUGAGUUUCGAAGAGGUUUCUACAAAGUUUGCGACGAGACUCUACUAAAGUUCUUCCAGCCACAAGAGCUGAUGGACAUAUUGAUUGGAUACGAUGACUAUGAUUGGAACAUUCUGGAAAAGAACACCACAUACAGCAACAAUUGCAGCAGAUCACAUCCAACCAUUGUGAUGUUUUGGAAAGUGUUCCAUGAGCUGUCUUUGGGUGAGAAGAAAAAGUUCCUCAUAUUUCUUACAAGCAAGGAUCGACUUCCAGUGAUGGGAAUGAUGUGUAUUAACUUAUGUAUUAUGUUGAGUCCGCUUUCGGAAGACAACUAUCCGGAGGCAGAUGUCUGCUUUAGUACCCUGAGACUUCCAGAAUACAGCAGCGAAGAAAUUCUGAAAGAGAAACUGAUAACAGCUAUUAACACUAAAGAAAGGUUUGACAAAUUAUGAAGCACAUUUACAAUUAGAGGGAAAAGGCAAUACAUCCCAUUUGGACUGUAUUUUGACUUUUAAUGGUGUAAUCUUAAGCACUUGCAUAAUCAAAGCUUAUCACAGUUACCCACCCACAUAGUGGCGCUACCAUUUGCUUUUACCAUAGAUCAUCAAAUACAAAGGUGUUACUUUCACUUAUUAAAUAUGUCAUUUCAGGAGACCUAUUUCAAACAGUGGUUGACAUUUGGUCAUUUGGCCCCACUGAAUUUAAGUGGAAGUGACCAUAACACUAUGUCAUAGCGUCUUACAGCACAGAAACAGACCCUUCGAUCCAACCAAUUCAUGCCGACCAUAAUCCCAAACUAAAGUACUCCCACAUAUCCUUCCAAACAUUUCUGAUUCAUGCACUCAUCCAAAUGUGUUUUAAAUAUUGUAACUGUCCUCACUACAACCACUUCCUCUGGAAAUUCAUUUCACAAAUGAACAACUCUGUGUAAAAAUUACCUCUCAUGUCUUUUUAAAAUCUUUCUCUUUAAAAAUGCGUCCCCUAGUCUUGAAAUUCCCCACUGUAGGGAAAAGACAUCUGCCGUUCACCUUAUUAAUACCCCUCUUGAUUUUGUAAACCCCUAUAAGGUCACCUCUCAACCUCCUACACUCCAUCUCCUCUUUACAACUCAAACUCUCCAUUCCCAGCAACAUGCAGUCAUCCCUUACAUACUACAGGGGGAACUGGCCAGGCUGUUAUGACCAACUCACACUCGUUUUCAUAUGGGCUUUUAAUCAGCCAUGUAGACCAAACAGUAAGUGGGAAGAUAGGGGUAAUUUAUGCUUCUUUAAACAGAUUGUUAACACAAUGACUUUGCAGGUUUAUUCAUCAACUACACUGGCCAUCAAAUUCAUAAUUCCACCCAUUUUUAAAGUAUGUGCUUUUAUUAAAGUGGCCACUUUUGACAGUAGACAAAUUGUGUUGACACCAGUAUGCCCAACAUAUGUGGCAGAGAUGGCAUUCAGUAUCCUAGAUGUAUUGGGUGCUUUAUUUUGAAAUCUUAGCUUGGAUAUUUCCUUCGGCUGUUAUGCUUUUGCCCCCUAUCAAUGCAUAGAUACAUUAAAAGGAACACUAAUUGAGGAAGAAAAGAAUAAUAAUGAGAAAUAAUCAGUUUAAAAGACAAGUAAUGGGAUGGAGGUUCACCUGGAGUGUAACCAAACACCAAAACCAUUUGUCUGGAAUGAUCUAAUUCCAUGCUGUGUUCUGAACAAUUCAGUAUAAUUUGGUAGCUUUGGAAGAUUCCAGACAACAAUACAGUGGCAAGCCUGUUAAUGAGAGUCCCAGUUCAGAUUUUGAAUUAUUUGCAUCCACAGGAAUGUGUUGGACAUGAACCAGAGGGGGUUUACUAGAUUGAUACCUGGAAUGCACAAGCUGUUUUAUGAGGAUUGAUUGGACAGGCUGGGCUUACUUUCACUGGAGUUUAAAAGAGUGAGGGGUGACCUGAUUGAGUUUUAUAACAUCCUGGGAGGUCUUGACAAGGUGGGCGUGGGAAGUGAUGUUUUGUGGGUAAGUCCAGAAUGAGGGAUCAUUGUUAUAAACUUAGGCAACACCCUUUUAGGACAAGGAUGAGGGAAAGAUUCUUUUUCUCUGACAGUUGCUUGACUUUACAAUUCUCUGCCUGAAAAGGUGACGGAUCUGGAAUUACUUAUCAUUUUUAAGCUGAGAAUUGGUAGAUUAUUGAUCAGCAAGGGAAUCCAAGGUUAUCAGGGUUGGAUGGAAAUGUGAAAUUUAGUAAACAAACAAAUCAUCCAUGAUUUAUUGUAGGUCUGAGCAGGCUUGAAGGGUCAAAUCAUCCACUUUUGCUCCUAAUUCAAAUGCUUGGGACUAUGGUAAUAAAUUAAUUUUCCUGCAACUGAAUCAACUCCUUUCAGUGGAUUUAUCAUUUGAUUUCUCCACCAUCUGAUUGGCUGUGGCAAAGUUGGAUGACACAUGAGGCAACCAUGUCUCCCAUCAUUAGAUCACUACAGGCAGAUGGCUCUUGCCGAAAGAUCAUUGAGUUUGUGGACAGGCCCAUUAGCCUGAUUCACAACCCAUCAUCAGGAAAACGAUCUAGACCAAGGUCAGGUAGGGUGAUUGGGUUUGGUGUGGUGGAGGAUAAGGGGACAGUAUGAGGUUCCUACUAUGCUGGAUGUCAACCCAUUACUCAGAGGUUUCUGCUCACAUGUGGUUUGAGUCAAAGGAUAGGAAUGCCACCACCACAAACUAAGGCUCAGUGCCCAGGGUCUGAUCACUAUGGUUGCAGCAAUUAAAGAUCAUUCUGUGAGGAACCAGGAUAGAGGUGGGCAAGAUGAGUGUGGAGUGAAACACCAGGUGCUUUCAAAAAUAAAUUCCAUUUUGAUUUCAAACACUUUUGAUUAUUAGUGAGAAAAAUAAUGGAGAUGGGUGAAGAGGCCGGCUGGUGAUAAUGGGAUUGAGGCAGGAAUCCUGCAGGAAAAAGGCCAAACCUGAGUUGGCAAGCUAUUAGUAAGUAAAAAAUGAGGUCUGCAGAUGCUGGAGAUCACAGCUGCAAAUGUGUUG